AGGGGGGGGGGCUGGUGUGUGCGCGUGUGUGUCAUGGGCUGCACGCUGUGCGCCCUGCGCUCCAAGGACGAGCAGUACAAGCUGCUGUAUGAAGUUUGCCAGGUGGGCGGCAAGGACUCCGGCAAGGCGGCGCACGGGGAGGAGGAGGCGGCGGUGACGGAGGCGGCGCUGCUGCGAGCGGCGCGCGACCCCGUCGUGGUGGAGGUGCUGCGCAGGGGCCGCCCGUCGCUGGCCCCACCGAGGCCACCGGGCGGACGCGCGCGCACGGACGCCAGCACGCAGACCGAGUUGCCAGCCUCGCCCAGCGGUCCGCGCAGCCCGGCCACGCCGCCCCUGCCCAACGUGCAUCCCCUGCUGCUGGCCCAGGGCCUCUGUGAGCUGCCAUCCGAAUACUUUGACUCAAGCGACUACCUUCCCAGCAUGCAGCAGGAUGCCCACCAUGCGGAGGGUCUGGAGUAUGAGGAGGUGGAUUUGCACCGGGGCUCAAGCCGGGAGCGGCUCGGCCUCACCGUGUGCUACCGCACGGAGGACGAGGACGACGCCGGCAUCUACGUGAGCCAGGUGAAUCCCAACAGCAUCGCGGCACGGGACGGGCGCAUCAGAGAGGGCGACAGGAUCCUACAGAUCAAUGGGCUGGACGUGCACGACCGGCGGCAGGCGGUGGCGCGCCUCACCCAGGAGGAGGGCACCGACGUGUCGCUGCUGCUGGCACGGCCCGACACGCAGCUUGAGGACGGCUGGGUGGAGGAAGAGCACCGAGCUGUGAUGGAGACCCUGAGGGUGGAGAUUCUGCAGGACGAGCGGAUGGAGCCCAUCGCCUACAUCGGCUCCAGUCUCAUCCAGGCGAGGGCGCUCCCGGACGACGACGCGGGCCUCACGGACUCGGUGUCGCACGGCCACGGCAAGGACAGCGGCCUGGGCCGCACGGACGAGAGCUCAGAGCACGACGGCGGCAUCAGCGUCAGCGCUGGGGGCGCCCCCCCGUCGCGCGCAGGGCCCCGCGGGGGCAGCGGCGUCGGCUCAGAUCUGCGGCGCCACCUGCGGACGAAGGCGGGGACGGCGUGCGGCGUGGCCGACGUGCGGCGCGAGAUCGCGCUGCUGCACGAUGAGCUGCGGCGCUUCGAGAUGCGCGUCCAGAGCCACGGCGGCACCGCCGCCGCAGCCGCCACUGCGGCCGUCAACGUGGCUGCCACCGCGGCCGCCACCGCGGCCGCCACCGUAUCUCCGCACGACGUCGGCGCGGAACUAGGACUCACGAACAUCGCCGAGCUGCCCGAGGGCCACGACCCGGAUCCGGCCUCCGCCGCUUUUGCAACGGCGGCGUCGCCACAGGCGGACGGGGAAGCCGGCGGGAGUUCGCCGCCCGGCGGCCGCGAUCCUCGCCACGGCGCUCGCGGCUCAAACGACGCCGGAGCGACGACCCGAGCUCGGCCCGCGGCAAGUGCCGGGCGAUGCCGACCGGAGAGGGCGGCUGCGGCGUCAGCGACAACCAGCGCGGACGCGGGCGGCGCCCCCGUCCCGCUGCACGCGCGCCACUACCGCAGCUACAUGCAGCUGGUGCAGCAGAAGUCGGCGGUGGAAUACGCACAGAGCCAGCUGAGCCUGGCCAGCCUGUGCCAGUUCGAGCGCCGCGAGGCCGGCGCCGCACGGCCCCUGCCGCAGUCCGCGUCGGCGCCGGCCUCUCCGUACGAGUGGAAGGUGAGGGCGUGCGGUGGCGGCGCGGCAGGGCGCGGAGGGCCGGGCGGCGCCGACGGGCCGGGCGCGGAGGGCUCGCGAUGCCUGACGGCGCGCAGGCCGGUGCGGGACCGGCUGCUGCGGCAGCGUGCGCUGAGGAUCCGCGAGGAGCGCAGCGGCGUCACCACGGACGACGACGUGCUCAGCGAGAUGAAGACCGGGCGCUACUGGAGCAAGGAGCAGCGCAAGCAGCAGCUGGUGCGGGCACGCGAGCAGCGGCGGCGGCGCGAGUUCAUGCUGCGCUGCCGCCUCGACUGGCUCGGGGAGAAGGUGGCUCCGGCAGCGGACACGGCAGCAGCAGCAGCAGCAGCAGCAGCCACGGCGGCGGCCACGGCGGCCGCUGCGGGCGCCGGUGACGGAGUGCCAGCGGCCGCGCCUCCCUCGGACUUUGCUGGCCGCGCGCGUGAGCUGAGCAUCCUCGAGCUGAGUCACCGCAAAAUGAUGAAGAAGCGCAACAAAAAGAUUUUGGACAACUGGAUGACCAUCCAGGAGAUGCUCGCCCACGGGCAGAAGUCGCCCGACGGAAACGGCAAGGUGUACAACCCCCUGCUGUCGGUCACCACCGUGUGACGGGACCCGCGGUCGCCGCGCAUCCAACCGCUGGCGCCGGGGGAGGAGCGAACUGCCACGGCGUCGAGGGACGUUCAGCGUCGAGGCCUUGGACUGUCACGGAGCGCGCCGGCCAAGUCGGUGGUCGCGGGCGUGCUUCCCGAGCUGCUGUCAUUUGCAAACGCAUCCUGUCGAGAAGGAUGGCAGGCGCACGAGGUGCCACAUCCCUCACAUUGAAGACCAGGCCACGUGUAAACGUAAUGCUGAGGCUAACGUGUGAUGCACGCUCGAGUUCAUGGAAAACACACCCCACAAAGCCAUGAGUCAUUUUUGUCAAUGUCAAAUCUGUACUGAUUCAUGCAACGGGGCUGUUUUAAACCGGCUUCUCUGUCACUCUAGGGUCCAGCAGAUGCUAUUGAUGGACCCGGCAUGCAUCCAUGAUGUGUGGAUGCACCGAUGCCAGAACAGCGUGUUGGUGAUUACAAGCCCAUGAGCUGCACAUAAGUCUAACAGCCUCCUAUUGUUAUUGAGCUGAUCUGGCCCAUGCCUUACAAUAACUGCAGCCCAGGUGCCUGCAACAUAACCCACAAGGGCAUUACAGUCACUCGCAGGAUGACUAUUCCGAGGGCCCACUUUAGCCAGCACCUGACACAGGUGGUCAUAGAGGGCAUCUGACUCAUCAGUCUCAAUCUUCAGUGGGGACAUUAAGCCACUCCACCACCAAUCCCCGCCUCCCCUUGAUGGGGAGGCAAGCCCACAACAGCCUCAUACUUAUAGCUUCCCACACUUUGCAUCCAUGCUCCCACGCUCCCUUCAUUAUUUUGUUCCGAGGGAGAGCCACUCACUACCCCGAAUGGAGGACUGUCCACCUCUCGUGAAAACUGGAGGCAGAACAAGUCCACAGGACCUGUCAUCCGCAGAGGCCUAGAUGGUACCAGUCCAGCUCCUGACAGAGGAAUGGCAGCCUCUCCCCUACGUGGCCAACUGCAAUGGGUCCCUGCCGUUUCCUGGCUCCGCCAAAUGGAGUUGGUCUAGGAAGACGUCGUGAAUGCCUUAUCCUCCGUGGCCUCUCACACCGGCACAAGCUAAUCGGGAGUUUCCACCAAACGAUAUUCACACACAGAGAGAGACACACACCUCAUACAACCCCAUCCCAUACCGACUCGCGCUGCAUUCACCCUCACAAAGCACUGCACCUCACACACAAGGGAUUAUACACGACAGUGCUCCACACUACGUGUAAAAGAAAACAAAUUUCCCCCGUGUAGCCUUAACAGACUGUAGGGUCGAUUGCUGUUAGCGAGCACCUAUAAAGGCCAGCACAGCACACUAGGGGGUGGGUGGUCAACACCACGCCCGGCCGCCUUUAUCUCCCUAGUGGCGAUGUUUACAUAUCACACCAGGUGCUCAUUUGAGGCUGAGUCGACCUAGGGGAGGCCCAGAACCGGUUCAUAUAAUAGUCACUGGUAUUUGCCGUGAGCGGGAAUCGAACUCAGGUCACCAGGUUCGUAGCGCAGUGCGCUAACCACUACACUACCGCUCCCCACCAUACACGCAUACACGUGCAAAUACCAUGGACGUGCGUUAGCUAACGUAUGGUAACAAAACACGCGGAAAACACAACGCGUGCCAACAUUCACUAACAAAACGUAGGCUAAAAACUAAUGACCACACGCUCACACAUGCACACAACCCUAACAUAAAACAUCAUGAAUCUACAACGCACACAUUAAUCCCAACCUUAUAAACUAAAACACUAAACUAUAUUAAUGACUAUUUAUCAUGAACAAACAAAUCUGGUGUUAUUAUUACUUAUCAAAUAAACACGAGGAAUUUCCGGGGCCCAUUUCACCAACAUUGCAAACGCAAGUACACACGACUGGUUAAACCCGGCAGCUUUCGUCUCGAUGUUAAAACAACUCAAACAUGACGACAAAUACACAAUAACGUCAAAUUAGAUCGAAGACAUCGAUAACAACAACAGCAGCAAUUAAACAUUAAGUUGUGUAACCAGCAGGAGGCGAGAGGAUACGCUAUGCCCCCAGGUGAUUACGUUGACGCAUCAUCAUCAUCACACAAUCCUCGCCACGGCUUCAUCUGCUGUGGCCACGUGGUCUGUUGGGCAGCAAGCGGGCAGCCGGCUGCUUCAGGCCACGUGGCCCUCGUGGUGAAGCAAGCCCAGCGGUGAGGCUGGAUUUGAAGCCACCGGUCACGUAAGAGGGCCACGUGGAAUCAUUUGUCUUGCGAACAACGAUUCGCAGUGGUGGCUGUACACGCAUGACGCUAAACCCUUAUUUAAGCGAAGACUGUAAGAAUGUUUAAAAAAUAGGCCAGUCCCUGGAGGAUUAAGCGAAACGUGUAGAUACGUCUGUACAUUAUGUACCUCGGCCUGAGUUGCACAAGCAAGUGUAUUGUCCCUCUCUGGGAAAUACUUCCACUGUUGGUCAUGUUUAUUUGUAUAUCUGUAUCUCGGUAAGCUUCAUAACUGCGAACCUUUCCACAAUAAAUUUGUCAUCAAACAUGA